UGUUGCCUGUUUUGUGGAAUGCAGAUAACCGUUGCCAAGGUAAGCGCGAAAAAAUCACUAGAUUUAAAUAGCCGAAAAACAUUUUAUUAGUAGAUUUUAUAAAGAAAAAUCAUAUACUAUUUAAUUAAAACGUGAAAAUUUGUUAUAAUAUGUCAAUGUUUUAUUACAAAAAUUUGUUUUUGGAAAAUUUAUACCAUAAAAUUCCGAUUUUUAUUUUUCUGAUGUUGGCAGAUUCUGGAAUUUGACACUGAGUAAAAUGGCUGACAACUGAACCCUAAACUCGAUCCAAUUUUCUUUGUUUUCAUUAUAUUUUUUCUUGUUUUCGUGCGUUUGAAACUGUUAAAUGGAUUUAUUUCGUGAUACAUGUUUUAAGUGUAAUAGUUAAAAGUGUAAUAUGGUAUCAUAGUGUCUUUAAAAUUGCAAUAAAGUGAAGAAGUGUCCUCAAAAUUCACCAUCUAGAAUGAGAUAGAUUGACUUGACACUAAAAUCUGUCAUUCGAAGACUGCAGCAGAUUCUAAUAUAUUUUUGCAUAUCAGAAAGAAAAACUUUAAUCUGUUGGAUCUGUAUCAUCCUGGAAUGUUUUAUACUCUUUCUGCACCAUUUGAGUAGAUGUAAAAGCAUUGUGAGCCUCGCGUGAGGCCCAGUAUGGGCCAACAGCCUCGCACUCUAAUCAUCAUGAAUCCAAACACAUCAGCCCGGUCUCCGGGCUACCAUCAAAAAGCAAUGGAAGAGAUCCAGAAUUCUCUGAGGCCAUUCGCUAAAAGUGGCAGCGAGGCGAUGAGUUCGAGUGCCGCCAGUACCAUAUCCAGUUUUUCGGCAACCAGUGGAGUUAGCUCAUUGAGUUCUACAUCUGGAGGAGGAGGGAAUGUUAACGAUAAAGAUGUCAUCCAGCUAAGGCAACUGGGUUAUUCAGAGGAAUCUUCAAUACGUGCUCUACAAAUCACUAACGGUCGUGUAGAUAUUGCUCUCGAUUACCUGACCAAACAGUCGAUCGAUCCGUCCAUGGGCCAAAAGACGACUUCCCCAAGCUACACGAAGCUGAUCCGCAAACAGAGCAUAGAACGCGAGCUAGGACUACCGAGAGGCAGUCCCGCUUUGGACAGUGGCGCUGGUAGUUCCCGUUCGGAUAGUCCUCGACUCAUAGCCGAUUUGCACAGUCGGUAUUCGCCGAGUUUCAAUGAACCCCCUCCACCUCCUCCUCCUAGAAACACGCCGCCUCCACCACCACCCCACGUCGGGGGCGGAGCGGGAGCGUACCAAGCUCCUCCAGUGCCAAGUAACGUUCAACAGAUGUUUAAGCGCAUGUCGCCAGCUCCGGUGGUACCGGCGAGGACUCAGACUGUUGGUCAGGGGUACAAUUCUCCGGCGCUACAACAGCGAGGUACCAGCCCCGUAAGCAGUGUUUCCACCUCGUCAGGUCGUCAACCGAUGGUAGUCCAAAACGGUCCUCAGGUGCAGCAACAACUUUCCCAACAAAUGCAAGCACUGAGCUUGUACCAGAGUAGUACUGCAUCGACGUCUGAACCUCCUCCACCUUAUCCGUUGAUAUCGUCGAGUCCUGCCAACGGUCCCCCUCCACCUCCUUCUUAUUCUGCUUCAAUACAAAAUAGGCAAAGUCCCACUCAGGAUUUUAGGAAAAGUCCAUCGUCUGGAAUAUAUUCGGGGUCAACUUCAGCCGGCUCACCUAGUCCUAUACCGGUCUCUACAAGCGCUGCAUCUACAGCUAUUUCCCGACCAACACCACUGCAGGCUUGGGGUGCACGCCAGACCAUUUCACAGCCACCGAUCAUCAUGCAGUCUGUUAAAAGUACGCAGGUACAGAAACCAGUUUUGCAGACCGCCAUCGCACCGACAUCACCUCAGCUUCCGUCUCCGACGAGUACCACUCCUCCCGCAGUGUCUGCACCACCUCCGUCGUAUACCGUUUCUAUACAACAGAAGGGCUAUAAUGGAACGAAGCCCGCAAUAGCUCUACCCGCCGCUAGUCCCUCAAAUACCGCCCCACCAGUGACCGUACCAACAACGGAACCUCCGAGUUACGCCAGCACCAUGCAAGCGAAGGCGAAAGCGCAGCGAGGGAUGGGCGCCCAUCCGCCAUUACCCCCACCACCGUAUUCAUCCGAUGACAACCACGUUCAAGUUUAUACGGUAGACAGUUCGAUGUCGCCGAGAGCUAGUCCUCAUGUUCAUGCUUCAUUACAGAGGAAAUAUUCUCCUGUUGUGAAUAACGAAUGCAGGUCGGACAGUCCCCAGUCGACUAGUAGCGGAGAUAGUAGGAAUCAUUAUUCAGAUAAUGGAGCACCUCCGUUACCACCUACAGCUUCUUCGUCUGUGAAAAACAACUCAAAUAACAACCACAUAGUCAACGGCAAUAGUGAACCUAAAGCCAACGAUACCCCACCUCAACUACCUCCAUAUACGAAAAUCAAACACCAAUCCCCUAUACCGGAACGAAAGAAGAUUAGCAAAGAAAAGGAGGAAGAACGGCGAGACGGAAAAGUGAAGAAUUAUUCACCGCAAGCGUUUAAAUUUUUCAUGGAGCAACAUAUAGAGAAUGUGAUCAAGUCUUACAAACAAAGGCAAUUUAGGCGAAUGCAAUUAGAGAAAGAAAUGAAUAAAAUAGGACUUAGUUCUGAAGCGCAAACUCAGAUGAGGAAAAUGCUGUCUCAGAAGGAAUCAAAUUAUAUAAGGUUAAAACGGGCAAAAAUGGACAAGAGUAUGUUUGUCCGAAUAAAACCGAUCGGAGUAGGAGCAUUCGGCGAAGUAACGCUUGUUAGAAAAAUAGAUACCAAUCACCUAUACGCGAUGAAGACUUUGAGGAAAUCCGAAGUUCUGAAGAGGAAUCAAGUGGCCCACGUUAAAGCAGAAAGGGAUAUUUUGGCAGAAGCCGACAACGAAUGGGUAGUCAAGUUGUAUUAUUCGUUUCAAGAUUCUGAUAUUUUGUAUUUUGUAAUGGAUUACAUACCAGGUGGUGAUCUAAUGGCGUUGUUAAUUAAAUUAGGAAUUUUCGAAGAAGUACUAGCCAGGUUCUAUAUAGCAGAAUUAACGUGUGCGGUGGAAAGUGUACAUAAAAUGGGUUUUAUCCACAGAGACAUCAAGCCAGAUAAUAUUCUCAUAGAUAAAGAUGGACACAUCAAGUUGACUGAUUUUGGUCUGUGCACAGGUUUUCGGUGGACCCACAAUUCCAAGUAUUACCAGCCCAACGGUGAUCACAGUAGACAAGAUUCCAUGGAUCCCAUAGACGACUGGAACGAAGAAUGUAAUUGCAAACCUUUGGAAAGGCGGCGACGUCGAGAGCAUAGGUGUUUGGCGCAUUCUCUGGUAGGUACGCCGAAUUACAUAGCACCGGAAGUACUACAAAGAAAGGGCUAUACGCACGUCUGUGAUUGGUGGAGCGUGGGUGUCAUUCUGUACGAAAUGUUGGUCGGCCAACCACCGUUUUUGGCUAAUACUCCCGCUGAGACCCAAUAUAAGGUAAUAAAUUGGGAAACCACCCUGCAAAUUCCGAAACAAGCUAACCUGUCAGCCGAAAGUACAGAUCUAAUAUUAAAAUUGUGCUGUAGUGCCGAAAAGCGGCUCGGCAAAAAUGCUAGUGAAGUGAAAUCCCACCCUUUCUUCAAAGACAUCGAUUUCGAGAAAGGCCUUCGACGGCAACAAGCGCCUUACAAGCCACGCAUAGAAUACCCCACGGACACGUCCAACUUCGACCCGAUAGACCCGGACAAACUCCGUAAUUCAACGUCGAUAGAUUCCAACAACUCCGACGAGCUGGUGGACAACUCAAACUACUUCCACGGCUUCUUCGAGUUCACCUUUAGGCGAUUCUUCGACGACGGUGGUCUGACGUCGUUCAAUAAGAUCAAUCUAGACGAUAACGAUAACCAAGGCGGGCCGGUUUAUGUGUGACAGUUAGUGACUGGAAGGGGUGGAACCCCGUUCAUUUGAGUUCAGAUUUGUUCGAGUGCGGCCGUGCGUGACGGCCCGCUCAUCUUGCCAAAAGCUCCGGUUAUCGCUAUAACUAUUAUUCGAACGGAGAACAGAUUUUCCGUGUUGAAAAGGUAUAUUUCUUUGUGUUUCUUUUUUGUGUUUUUUUAUCCGUACACAUUGCCUAAGAUCAGGAGAUUCUGGAGUAAACACUGUUGCCAUGAUACAUGUAAAAAUAACAAAUCGUAGAUAUUAAUCGUUAUUGUCCGUUAUCGAAAACGAGGCAGUAAAACGGAUACAACAAUCGCUGAAUCUGAUUAUGAGGUUGUAAAUUUGCACUUUCAACUACAAAUCGUCCGUGAAAAGCACUGUACCAAUUGUUUUGAAAAUUUGCAUGAGCAUUUAUUAUAAA